GCAACACCAACAUGUAAUAUUCUUUUAUACAUUUUUUUUAAAAAAAAACGACCCAACUCAAUUGGGGUUCGUUGAAAGACCCCAUAGUCGAAAAACAGUUACGUACAUAAUUGGAGAUCUAUCUGGGUAUUGUAUUGUGGUGCUCUGAGUAUCUGACUAUAUUACUCAUUUUUCAAACGCUCAGAAUUUUUCCUUAUUGUCCCAGAAAUCUUCUUGUUAUAUCUGUUUGAGUAUGGCGAACAAACCUCAAAUCCCAACUAAGAAUUCUGCACUCAUUGCUGUUAUUGCUGAUGAGGACACUGUUACUGGCUUUUUGCUUGCUGGAGUUGGUAAUGUUGAUAUCCGAAGGAAAACAAACUACCUUAUUGUGGACAACAAAACAACGGUGAAACAAAUUGAGGAAGCUUUCAAGGAGUUCACAGCAAGGGAGGACAUCGCAAUUGUAUUGAUCAGCCAAUAUAUUGCAAAUAUGAUAAGAUUUCUGGUUGAUAGCUACAACAAACCCAUUCCGGCUAUUUUGGAGAUUCCGUCAAAGGACCAUCCUUACGAUCCUGCUCACGACUCUGUCCUUUCACGGGUGAAAUACCUUUUCUCUGCUGAAUCAGUGGCAUCAAGCAGAUACUAGGCAUAUCUCCGUCCGAGCAUUCGAUAUUUUGAGUAUAAAACCGGAAAACUGUUUGCAUUUGGAGUUGAUAUUCCAAUGUUUAUUCUCCAAAAUAAGGAGUGAAAUAA